AUGGUUGACGAUAAAAUUGAAUUAAAGAAUGGAGAUAUUGACGAAAGUCUAUAUUCGCGUCAACUUUAUGUUCUCGGCAUCGAUGCCAUGCGAAAAUUGCAAAAUUCUAAUGUUCUCGUAUCUGGUCUCGGCGGUUUAGGAGUGGAAAUUGCGAAAAAUAUCAUUCUCGGUGGAGUGAAAUCGGUUACGCUUCAUGAUGAAAAAUGUUGUACGGUUAAAGACCUUUCGUCUCAAUUCUACUUCAAUCAAUCUUGCAUUGGAAAAAAUCGAGCAAAAUGUUGCAAUAAGCAGCUGUCGGAAUUGAACAGCUACGUCACGACAAGUGCUUGCUCUGAAGCUUUAAGUGAAGCAAUCUUGAGCAGAUUUCAAGUCAUUGUUCUUACAGAAAGCAGCGAUAAAGAGCAGAAAAGAAUUUCGGAUAUUUGUAGGUCACAUGAAAUCGCGUUAAUCAUCGCUGACACGAAGGGAUUAUUCGGUCAGGUGUUUUGUGACUUUGGUGAGAAUUUUAUAGUUUAUGAUGAUGACGGUUUGCCACCGAAAUGUUCUCAAAUUAUUGGAAUAUCAAAGGAGCUUGAGGGAGUCAUAACGACUGAGAAGUGGCACAAUCUACUAGAUGGAGAAUAUGUCACGUUUUCUGGGAUUGAAGGAAUGACGGAAUUAAAUCAAUGGAAAGCAGUAAAAAUAAAGAAGCUUGGAAAUUAUACAUUCAGUGUUGGUGAUACAAGUAAACUCUCUGAAUACAUUGAAGGCGGAAUUGUAACGCAAGUAAAGAUGCCAAAAACUUUAUCAUUUAAACCACUUAAAGUCGCUGAGAAUCAGGCCGAAUUUACAUUCAUGCUAAUGGACUUGAAUAAAAUGAACAAUGCAGAACAAAUUCAUAUGGCGUUCACCGCUUAUCAUCGGUUUCUAGAACGUCACCAGCGUGAACCAAGACCAUGGAAUGAAAGCGACGCUUUGGAGUUUAUGAAAAUAUGUGUCGAGAGGGCAAGCCAAUUGUGCUUGGAAGUCGAUGUGAAGCUGGUGACAACGUUCUCUAAAAUCUGCACGGGAAAUCUCGCACCAAUGAACGCAAUCAUUGGCGGAAUCACAGCGCAGGAGGUGAUGAAAGCUUGUUCCGGGAAAUUCACUCCCAUUACACAAUAUUUAUGCUUCGACGCCCUCGAAUGCUUACGAGACGAAGAAGCCAUGCCUAAAUAUCUCUCUCAGAACUGUGGAUCGCGCUACAAUUCACAGUCCAUUGUAUUCGGCAGUGAUGUGCAACGACGCAUUGAAGAUUUAAAAAUGUUUAUUGUUGGUGCUGGCGCCAUUGGAUGUGAAUUGUUGAAGAACUUUGCAAUGAUGGGUGUCGGAUGUGGAAAUGGUGAAAUGAUUAUUACGGAUAUGGAUUUGAUUGAAAAAUCAAAUCUCAAUCGACAAUUUCUCUUUCGUUCCUCUGAUGUUGGCUCUUCAAAGUCACAAAUAGCAGCACGAGUUGCGAAAAUCAUGAAUAAUCAACUUAAUAUCUUCCAUCAUGAAAAUAAAAUUUGCUCUGAAACUGAAAAUAUUUACAACGAAUUUUUCUUCGAAAAGCUUGAUUUAGUUGCGAAUGCUUUGGAUAAUGUUGACGCACGUUUGUUUGUUGAUCGGAAAUGUGUGAUUUAUCAUAAGCCUUUGAUUGACUCAGGCACACUUGGAACGAUGGGAAAUGUCCAAGUUGUUGUUCCACAUCUAACCGAAUCCUAUGCUUCGUCUGUUGAUCCACCUGAGAAAAGUAUUCCGGUGUGCACACUCAGACAUUUUCCAAACGCAAUUGAACACACAAUACAAUGGGCUCGUGAUAAAUUUGAAGGAUUCUUCUACAACGAUGUCGUUGAUGCUGAGAAAUUUCUUUCUGAUGACAAUUAUCUCGAUAAUCUUGUGGCAAAAAACAACGUCGCGUCACUUGAAUCAUUGCAAUCAAUCAAAAAGUUAUUGAUUGACGAACGUCCACAUAACUUUUUUGAUUGCGUCAAAUGGGCGCGUUAUCGCUUUGAGGAUCUCUUCAUAAAUCAAAUCAAACAAUUACUUUUCAAUUUUCCUCCCGGACAAGUCACAUCAAAUGGAGAAUUGUUUUGGUCGGGAAGUAAAAAAAUGCCAACGUUCAUAACGUUCGAUGUCAAUCAACAAUUACAUAUUGAUUUCAUUAUUUCAUCUGCCAACUUGAUGGCUGAAAUUUUUGAUUUGAAUUCGAAUCGUGACUAUUCGUAUGUGAUUGAAAAUGUGCGAAAAGUUGAGGUGCGAAAUUUUGAGCCGCAAUCGAAUGUGAAAAUUCCUGUAAGUGAUGCUGAGCUGGAAGAGAAAAACGACAGCGACGAAGAAGUUGAUGAAGAGGCAAUUAGAAAAUUAGCAGAUGAAUUAAUGAGCUUGAAUAAAUUAGGACUAAAAGCGAGAGGUUUGCAAUUUGAAAAGGAUAACGACGCAAAUUUGCACAUGGAUUUUGUCGUAGCAGCUUCGAAUUUAAGAGCAGAAAAUUACAAAAUUCCACCCGCCGACAAACUCAAAUCAAAAUUAAUUGCUGGCAAAAUUCAGCCCGCAAUCGCAACUUCGACGAGUAUCGUUGCAGGCUUUGCCUGCCUUGAAGCUUACAAGAUUGCCCAGGGCUUCAAGGAUAUAAAACGAUACCAAAACAGUUACUUCAACCUCGCUGACAAUUCAUACGCAUUCUCAGAGCCUAAAGAGGCUGCUACAAGUCAAUUUUAUAAAACAUUAUGGACGAUCUGGGAUCGCUUUGAUAUCAACCAUCCAAUGACAUUACGACAGUUAUUGGAUUAUUUCAAGAAGGAACAUCGUCUCGAAAUUACGAUGUUGUCGCAAAACGUCACGAUGCUUUACUCGUUCUUCAUGUCAGAAAAGAAGCUCAAAGAACGUGAGAAUUUGUUGAUCGAUGAGUGCAUAGAGCACAUAAUGGAGGAGAAAACUGAACCGCACGUCAAGUCGUUAAUAUUGGAAGCUUAUUGUUGCGAUGAAGAUGAUAUGGAAGUUAAAGUGCCCUACAUAAGAUAUCUUUUGAGGUCGUAA